ACAUUUGUCAAUGUCAAAUGUCAAUGUAAAUUUGUCACUAGAGUCGGUUUCUAUUUUCACAACUGUUUCAGUUUAAUUAAUUGUUUUGAUUAAAACUACGCUUUAUUGGUGUUAAAGUUUGCAUACAAUAAAGAAAUGGCUAAGAAUACUUCCAGUUCCGCAUUUCGAAAAAUUGACAUUGAUCAAUACAACGAGGAUAACUUUAAAGAAGACGAAUCCGAACAAUCCAUACCAACUGGUCCUGAUGAGGGAGAAGUCUGUGCAUUACUCAAUCAAGGUCGCUUUGUUGAAGCCCUUAAACAUGUUUUGAACAAUGCUCCCCUGGGAUCGUCGAAUCAGCAAAUUAAAGAUAACGCACUUACUCUGACAUUGAAAGUCCUACUCGCAAUAAAGUCUGCGCAGAUCGAAGAGGCCGUUGGUACUUUAUCACAAGAUGAUAUAGACAUUUUGAUGAAAUACAUUUAUAGAGGAUUUGAAUAUCCAUCAGAAGGAUCAAGCGGGCACCUUUUGCUAUGGCACGAGAAGGCUUUUAACAUUGGCGGUUCCGGUUCUAUUGUCAGGGUCUUAUCCGACAGAAUGACAGUUUAAAUAUCUUACCAAAUAUUAUACGCAUUAUAACUUAUUUAAUAAACUUUUCAUUACA